UGGGUUUUUGAAGAACCCCAGAAAAGCAUGUCUUCUCUUUCACGAAUUUGUGUUCUUUCUGUACUUUCUCAAUACUUCAACCCUACUGCAUGCCCCAUAAUCAUCCCUCAAGUACUUCACCAAUAUUUUUACCGUUUCACCAACCUACAGUAGGUUCCCAUAAUACAUAGCUCCCAAACCAAUCAUGUAACCGUGAAGUUUUCACUUUCAAAAGUAGGUUUUUCCUUUUUUCUUCAUGCGUGCCUAGAAAAAGACUAACCCGAUCGUUCAUCACCUUCUUUGACCUAAUUUUCUUUAUAGUUGCGGAAUUUCUGCAAUCCGAUUGAACUCUGACUAAUAUUGAAGCAAGAAACAACCCAUAUAUAUAUAUAGUCAAUUAUAAAUAUGGAUGUGUUCAACACAUCUCUGCCUUUACCCUUUUCCUACACCUUCACCACUAGCAGUAGCAGUAGUAUUGCUACAACCACUAGCAGUAACGCCAUUUAUAGUCCUUGGAUGGACAGUAGGAUUUGGAGUAAACUUCCACAAAGGCUGCUAGAUCGGGUGAUUGCUUUCCUUCCACCACCAGCCUUUUUCCGGGCACGUUGUGUUUGCAAGAGAUGGUAUACUCUCUUGUUCUCCAACACCUUCCUUGAACUUUACAUGCAAAUUUCGCCACAUUGUCGUUGGUUUCUCUUCUUCAAGCACAAAACCCUUAAGAGCUACAUCUACAGGAACAAUACCACACGAGCUGCCAAUGACAAUAGACCCAACAUCUGCCAUGGUUACCUCCUCGAUCCUUAUGAUCUCACAUGGUACCGCCUUUCCUUUUCCUUGGUCCCAUCUGGGUUCUAUCCAACUUCUUCUUCUGGUGGGUUAGUGUGUUGGGUGUCAGAGGAGGCCGGUUCAAAGAGUCUUAUUUUAUGCAAUCCUCUUGUUGGUUCUGUUAGCCAAUUACCACCCACGUUAAGACCACGACUCUUCCCUUCAGUUGGCCUGACCGUUACCCCUACUUCAAUUGAUGUAGCUGUUGCAGGAGAUGAUUUGAUCUCUCCGUAUGCAGUUAAAAAUCUAUCAACCGAGAGCUUUCAUAUUGAUGCAGGCGGGUUUUAUUCGCUUUGGGGUACUACUGCUUCCAUGCCAAGGCUUUGCAGUCUGGAAUCAGGUGGAAUGGUUUACGUGGACGGGAAAUUCUACUGCAUGAACUACAGCCCUUUCAGUGUCUUAUCUUAUGACAUGGCUGCAAACAACUGGUUAAAGAUUCAAGCCCCAAUGAGAAGAUUCUUGAGAUCACCAAGCUUGGUGGAGAGUAAGGGAAAGCUGAUUCUGGUUGCAGCAGUUGAGAAGAGUAAGCUGAAUGUGCCGAGAAGCCUUAGACUAUGGGGUCUGCAAGCCUGUGGAGCAACAUGGGUAGAGAUUGAAAGAAUGCCACAGCAACUCUACAUACCAUUUGCAGAGGAAGAAAGAGGAAACGGGUUCGAUUGUGUUGGAAAUGGAGAGUUGAUAGUGAUAAUGAUAAGAGGAUCAGAAAGAGGAUUGCUAUUUGAUAUUUGCAGGAAGAGAUGGCAAUGGAUACCUCCAUGUCCGUACAACAAUGGCGGCAGUGACGGGGAGGAAGGUGAGCUGCAUGGAUUUGCAUAUGAACCAAGACUGGCUACGCCAGUCACAGCUCUUUUAGAUCAGUUGACACUUCCAUUUCAGUCUUUUGCUGGUUAG